AGUUAUCAAAUGCAGAUGAUUUUCAAAAAAUUAAAAAAUUAGCAAUUACCUCGCCCUUUUAAAGUAUCAGAUUUUUUUUUUGAUGAAUUAUUGCAAAAAAUGGACCAUGAUGAUGUACUAUUGCCGACAACAUGUGUUCGUCUAUUGAAUGAUAAAUUAUUUGAUAAAAAAAAGACAGCAUGUCGGGAGAUUGAGAUAAUGGCAAAAGAAUUUAAUACACAAGGCAAGACCAAGCAGAUAAGAAAAUUGAUCAGAUAUUUAGUAGAAAAUUUCAUCGAUAAUUCGGCGGUUAAUUCAAAAAUUGGCGGACUAAUUGCUGUAUCUUCGGUAGCUAUUGCUCUGGAUACGAAUGCUAAAUUAUAUUUAGAUGAUAUUGUAAAAUCUAUCUGUACUUGUACGUAUGAUAAUCAACGUGAUGUAAAGUAUCGAGCUUUAGAAUCAUUGUACAAUGUUGCCAAAAGUGUUCGCAGUGAAAUCCUUGUAUAUCUUGAUACUAUUUUCAAUAUAAUCAUCCGUUUGGGAGAAGAUGGUGAUGCUAGUAUUCGAGAGGCAUCAUUAUUAAUGGAUAAAUUGCUCAAAGAUAUUGUGAUUGAAAAUCCAUGUUUUGAUAUACCAAGUUUUGUUGGUUUAAUUCGCGAAAAAAUAUAUGUACUAACACCGAAUGCAAGAAAAUUGAUUCUUUCAUGGAUCAGUUUUUUAGAUAGCUUACCAGAUAUUGAUCUACUAGUAUUCAUUGAAGAUAUUCUUGAUGGUUUAUUAGAAAUUGCAUGCGAUCCAAAUUUAGACAUUCGACGUACAGCGGAAAAUAUUCUUGAAGAAUUUUUUGUCAAACUUCAAAACGAUCCAAAAUCAAUCGAAUUCAAAUCGUUGAUAAAAAUAAUUUUGAUACAUGUUCAAAAAGAUAGUCAAUUAGUGCAAAACAUAUCAUUAAAAUGGUUAAAUCAGUUUAUUAUGUUGGGAAACAAAAACGAUUUAUUACAUAAUUCGCCACAUAUUUUAGGUGUGAUUUUGCCUUGUUUUUCUUAUCCUCGUGCCGAAAAUGAAGAAUAUGAUACGGAUAAUUUUCAGAAAAAAAACACCGAUCUAGCAAAAUCAAUCAACGAAAAUUUAAUGAAUUUGGUCACCAAUGUUAAAUCAUGCGUUCCUACAAGAGAAACUGGUGAUGAAAAUUUAGAAAAAGAUCAAAACGAUGAACCGUUCAAGAUUUCGAAAAUAUUAAUAGUUUUAUUGAAUGAAUUAGAACUAGGCUCAAAAACAUCACCACAAACCAAAAUUGCCAUUCUUGAAUGGAUUUAUCAGAUUUAUGAUCAUUUGAAAAUCGAAAUCGAUGAACAUUUAGAGGAUAAACUAUUUAAAAUUUUGCUUACAACAUUGUACGAUUCAUCCGAUGAUGUUGUAUUACUUGAUCUAAAGGUAUUCUGUCGAAUCAUUUUCAAAUACUCUAAUGAAGUGAAUGAAAAAGAAAAUUAUCGUAAAUUAAUCAAACCUUUGAUUGAUUUAUUUCAUAAAAAUCCAACCAUUCUUCAAAAUCGUGGAUCAUUCAUAAUCUGUCGUCUAUGCCAUAAUUUAGAUGCUCAACAGGUGUAUAUUACAUUUUCAGAUAUUCUAUUAGAAUAUGAUCAUAAAUAUAUCUGUUCUAUGGUUUCCAUUCUAAAUACAAUUUUAUUAAUAUCAAAAGAAUUAACUUCAGUUCGAAAUGAUUUAAAAAACAUGAAAUCAAUAGAGUCAAAAUCAUCAUCAGCAUAUAUGUUGUUUGAUUUUCUUUAUAAAACCUGGUGCUAUUCAUCAGUAUCGGCCAUAUCAUUAUGUUUUCUAACUAAACGCUAUAAACUAGCCUCGGAGCUGAUUUUACAUUUUGGCAACAUUAACAUUGAUAUUGAUAUCCUUUUGGAAAUAGAUCAACUAAUUCAGAUGCUUGAGUCACCUAUAUUUACUUCAUUACGACUCGAUCUUCUUGAACCUAACAAUAAUUAUUAUCUUCGUAAAAGUUUAUAUGGUUUGUUGAUGUUAUUACCUCAAAGCGAAGCAUUUCAUUUAUUACGAAAACGGCUACAAUGUAUACCAGAUUUUCCUUCAUUCGAAAGUAAAAUGUCAUCGAAAACGGAUGAGAAAAUUUUCGUUCAUGAUCAAAGCGAUAUUGACAAAGAUUUUGCUCAAAAGCUUAAAUAUUUUAUCGAUAUACAACAAUCUUUGGAUAAUAAUAAUUCGAAUUCUUCAUUGAUUCCCACACAACAACCACAAUCAACAUCAUCAUCAUCAUCAACAUUAUCGGCUGCUGGUGUCAAUCAUAAUUGAUAAUAAAUGAUAAAAGUUGUUCUAAUUUAUCUGUGGCUCAUAGCUUUUGUCUUAUAUUUUUUUUCAAUGUUAAAACUGUAUGGACAUUUUUUUUUAUUUAUUUAUUUGCUUGAUUGAAGUUGGUUAUCAUAGUUUGAAACUCA